AUGUUUAUAUGGUCGAUGGUCAUUAAUAUUAGCAUACUAAUAUAUAUACAGACACUCAAAUGUGUUAUGUUAAUAAGGAAAAAUAGAAAUAAAAGAUUACCUUCAUAUAAUAUAUUAUUUGCAAGUAAGGAUUUAAAAAAAAAGAAAUAUAACUCUUUGUCACUAGGUUUUAUAAGAAAUGUUUUUCCUUUUUAUGAUAAAAAGAAAAGAGGUAAUAAAUCAUUUGAACUGUUCAGAGGUUUUGGUGCUACAUGUUCAUACGAAUGGAUAGAAUGUGAUGAAAAUGUGGAAGUUAAAAUUAGGAUAUCCCCAGAUAUUAAUUCUGACGAUAUUCAAUAUAAUAUUAAGAGUAAUUAUAUUUAUUUCAAGAUAAGAAAUAAACCCAAAAGCUUGAUAGAAGGAAAAUUAAAAGGAAGUGUUGAUGUUAAUUUUUCCACAUGGUUUUUAGAAAAACAAAAAGAUUGUAACAUUUUAAAUAUCGUUUUAAAAAAAAAAAGUAGAGGUAUUAACGAAUGGGUAGGAGUAGUAGAAAAGGAAAAUAUUGUACAUGUAUCGUAUGAUAAUUUAUCAUCAUCAUCAACAAGUUCAAAUAUAUCUUAUAUGCCAUCACCCACAAAUAAUAAUAAUGAGAAUAAUAAUGAGAAUAAUAAUGAGAAUAAUAAUGAGAAUAAUAAUGAGAAUAAUAAUGAGAAUAAUAAUAAUAAUUGUAGUAAUAGCUAUUUAUCAAACGAAUUAUUAUAUAGCCAAUAUUUCGAGAACGCAAAAUUUAAUGACAUUUUUGAUUUUCUUAUUAAUUGGGCUAGUAAAAAAUCAAGCAGCCAAAAAGAAUUUGGUAUCCCCAUUCUUAAAUUAAAAACAAAUGUUAUAAAAAAUGAAGAUUCUAUAGAAAUUAUUCUAACAGGUUAUGAUAGCCUUAAAUGGGAAGCAGAAGAUAGUAUAAUUUUUAAAUUAGGAAAUAUUAAUAAAGGCGUAAGUUUAAAUAUAUAUAGAGGAAAUAUUGCUAGUGGUCUUAAAGGUACAUAUGGUAGUAUGAUUAGUUAUCUUGUUCAAGAGAGUGAAGAAAGAAUUAUUAGAAAAUUACAACAUGAUAUAAAAGGUCUCUACUAUCUUAAUCCUUUGACAAAAAAUAUACAAAAUUGCAUGCAUACUCAAUCACCACAAAGUAGUUAUAGUUAUAGAACUGACGAAAAAGAUGUAAAACAUAUAUCUAUAAACGAAGAGGAUAAUAAAAAAGUAAAGGAUGAUAGUAUGAAUAAGAAUUUUGCAUCUGAUCAUAAUAAUGAAGCAAACCAGAAGCACAUACACCACCAUCAUCACCAUAAUAAUAAUAAUAAUCGUGUGGAAGAAAUAAAAAAAGAUAGUGACCAAGAAGAUAUAAUUAUAAAAGAAUUACAACUCAGUUCAACUGUCAAAUUAAGUUGUGAAGAUAAAAGUAAAGAACCAAGUUUUAUGAAGGAUUGGUCAGAAGAAAAAAAAAUUGAAUUCAGAAGAAAUUCUGUUUUAGAAUUGAAAAAGAAUCUCGAAUUAACACAAGAAAAUAAACUUUCUUUAAGAUUAGAAGAUUAUAUUUCUCAUAUGAAAAAUUCAUUUGAUCUAACAGAUGAAGAAUCCAAAUUGGUGUGGCAAAAGGGUAUAAAAAAGACUGAUGAACAAAAGAAUAGAGAAAAGUUUUACAGAUUUACAGAAAUUGAGAAUCUAACUGAAAAAAUUGGAAUGUUUAAUGUAGAUGAAGAGGAUAUUGACAACUUUUCAAACAUGCAUUAUGAAAGAAUACAAGAAGGUGCGAGACGAGAUAGUGAUACAAAUUAUACAAAUGAUACAAAGAGUGAAAAUAAUAAUAAUGAUGAUGAUGAUCAAAACAGUUUUUACGAUGUUACACCUAAUAUUACAAAUAGUAAUAAUAUCAACCAACAAUUCUAUAAUUGUCUAGAAAAAGAAUUAUUAGAUACACAAAAUAAAAAACAAAAGACCUUAUACGAAAUAUAUAUUCAAAGUAAUGAUAAAGAAAAAAAAGAAAUGAGAGAAAAAUGGAGAGUCAACGAAAUGAGAUUAAAUACAUUAAUUGACGAACUUAAAUAUUUAGAUGAUAAUAUAAUCCCAACCGUUUGUAAUAAUUAUCGAGAUGUAUUAUUAAGUGAUGAAUAUCCAUGUUUAAUGAAAAUACGAUUAUAUGAAAAACCUCCACAAAAUCAAGAAGAAAAAAAAAUUCUGCAAAUUGUUAAUUCUUUUGUUAUGAGUCUUUAUGAUGAUAUAAAAAUAUUAAUGGAACAUGAAGAAAAAGAACAUUUAAAAAAAAUCCAACUAAUUUGUGAAAAAGUUAUACAAGAUGAAAAAGGACUUAAUGAAUUUAUUGAAUCAAUGAAACCAUUAUUAGAUUAUUCUUUUCUAGGAUAUAUUAAACACGCAAUACAAAUGGAAAAAAAAAAUAUUCAAGCUCAAAAAAAAGAUUUUAGACAACACCCAUCUGAUUGGUUAAUCAUAUUAAUGAUUAUACAAAAAGGUAUAUAUACCAUUCUAGAAAAAGACAUAUGGCAAGAUGUUAUUAAUAUCUCUGCAAUCAUAUGUCAUGAUAAUCCAGCUGUAAGAAAAACUAUUCUUACUACUAUGAUAGCAUCCAUGGCAAAAGCAGAUUGGAUCUUCUUUAAGGAUAUUAUUAAAACUUUAUAUAAAAGUGUGGAAGAAAAAAAACUCACAGCUAAUCAUUUCCCAGAUUUCCCACAUAUUCCUGAAGCCAUAUUCCAACUAAAUUAUGAUAUCGAACAAAUUUUACCUGAUUGGUUCAUAAAAGAAAUGUUAGAUGAAUAUGAUAAAUCCAUAGUAGAACAAAUGAAGUCAAAAAAACCUCUCUUCUGGAAAAUGAAGGAGAUAAAAUGGGACCCCAAAUUUGUAAACAACUUUAAAACGUUGCAGGUACAAAAAUAUAGGGAAUAUGAAAGUUAUACAAAAAAGUGA